GUACGUAAUGCACAAAAGCAGGUCACUGUCCGGAAAGGCAAUAUGCUGGUUGAGGAGUGUGACCGCCUGUACGUGAUUUUUAAUGGCGAGAAGCUGGAAGACAACACAUUCGCAGUCUACCCGGUCAGUAGCCCGACAAAGGCUUCCCGUGCUUAUGGUCCAAGUCCGGCCAAACACACGGUGGCGGGCCGCUCGAAAGUUGUCUGUUCGUCAGACCCAUCAGGACAGGCUGUGGCGUGUUUCGAUGUGGCGGAAGAGGAAAGGUUCUCUCGUAGCAUGUGGGAGGACGACGGCGUGACAAGUUCUCAAGGACCUGCUUACAGAGAGAUGGAGCGGAACCCGUCCCGUCUACUUGGUCUACUCGUAAACUUUUGCAAAGCUGGCCAAACUGUUUUUUUCUUUGGGAAGGCGCAUGCGUCUAUCGUGUGGGAACAUAUGUGCAUCGGUCGGAACGUCGUCGCGUUGGAGAAGGAGGCGGAGAUGAUCGAUAAGCUUCACGAGUUCGUGAAGGCACGCGUUGCAGACACGUGCAAUGCUUGCGAGUUUGCCCGCACCACCGGCGAAAGAAACUGGGACCCCAAACGUGACAUGUAUUGGAAAUUGUCGGGGAACAAAAAGACGGACGUUUGGGACUUCCUUUUCGGACCCGAACCGCCUGGUCCGACCGACCUCGAAUACAGUCGACGGAGAAACCUGGUGUUCGCUGUGCUCAAUGGGUACGACGGUGCACCCAGGGAGUCUGUCUUGCACUUCCUGAGAAGGCUGGAGCACGUUUACUUCAUGCUGGCCGAACCGCUCACUCUCGAAAACUACAAGUCACAGUUUGACGAGGAGGACCCUUUCGACGCUGAUGACAUGGAGGAGCUGAGGGACUCCGAAACCUUCGAUUUCAAGUCCAUGCCACUUCCUCGGGUGGUUGGACAGGUUGGCGAUGAAGAGGAAGGUGGCCCUCGGAGAUAUAGCACGUCCCCUGCUGGUUUGAAGCGUGUGUUUUGGGGCGAACCAGUCAACGACCAAUCGUCUGAUGACGGGGAGGAAGAGAGAGACUAUGAUCACGAACCUUGUGACAAGCUCCCUGUGGACCAUGACACCUGGCAGAAUGACAGGCUCUUCUUCUUCGGCAAGCAUCACCGGUUUACGUCGGAGGAUGUCUGGGGACACAAAGUCGUCUGGCACCCGAGGAUAUUCCAACCUGCUGUGAGGAAUGGAAUAUGGGUCAUGGCAAUAAAGGAGGCCGAUGGCAAGUGGAGUGGACUGAAGAGACUGGGAGCGGGUGCAUUUAAGAGAAAGGCAAGAACUGCUCUGGUGAAGCAUUUGACGUCUUUCUACGCACUCGAAACGACACCGUCUCGUGGCAUUGACUGGCGCAUGCCGCAACCUCCGUCGGUCGGUCAGCAUCCGGGAGGGGGUGGUGGAGGAGACGAAGGAGACGGCGGAGGUGGCGGAGGAGACGGCUCACAGUUUGCCGGAAAGGGGACGGGCGAGACAUCGUCGGUUGAGAAGGCGUCCGGCGGAAAGGAGUCGGGCGGGAAGAGGUCGGGCGGGAAGGGGUCGGGCGGAAAGCGUAGAACGUCUGGGAGUCCCCAGUAUAUGGAAACUGACACCCACUGCGUAGGGAGUCGAGAUUCCGACAUGCGAGACGAGGCCACCAUGACGUCUGAUCAAGUGCGAGUAUAUUCGCACUUAUCUGCGAGGAGUUUGUUUCCCGUUGCCCAGGAGAGUCCAUCCCGCCGUGCGCAGCAGAGGUCUCAUGUGCUCAACACCUUGCUCCUGAAAGAGGGCACUUGGACACAGGAUUACCCUGCUCGCCUCCUUUCUCAUGUGUUGAGACUCGAGACUGGCGGUCUCGCGACGUGCUGGAGGGGCCCGCUCCAGGAGUGUUGCAGACCGGGGGUAUCCAGAACGAACGUCACACUCCUGGGGAAGACGAGCGCUCUCCGGGAACGAGUGUUGUACCGGGAAGAGGAGACUCAACGCUGGCAGUCUCGCAAAGUGUUGGAGACCGGGGGUAGCGAGUGUGAACGUCAUGCUUCGGAGGGUGCGUCCGUGGACACUGACAGCGAGAGUGCGGGAGCUCCGGGGGAAACGCAUGCUGUACAGCGGGGAGAGGAGACUCGACACGGGCCGGCUCGUGAAGAUGUGAAGUGGCUCCACGCACGAGCGUUGGUGAUCGGGACGUCCGAAGAGGUUCUGCACAGUCGCUCGGCUGUGGUCACGAUGCGAGAGGGUGUCGUUCAGGGAGGUAAGUGGACGUCCGUGCAAACUCUCGUUCUUGGCGACGAUGAAGACGAAGAAGAACCCGCGGUGGAAGCUCGGGUUCAUGGCGAUGAGAAAGGCGGAGAACCCGUGGUGGAAGGCGGUGAGGUGACUGUCGACAUCCGGACGGAUCCACAACGGAAAGAUGAUGAUUCUUCGCCCACCCGUUGCGGUGAAGAACACGUUGGUCGAGCGUCUGUCCUGAACACCGCUCGGGGAAUGGUGCUUCAUGAAGCCAUAGAACUGGGUGACGACUUGGCAGCCACCGAGCUGGUUAGCGACUCAGGCGUGGCCGAGAUGCAGAAUGUCGAAUCCUCUGUGGAAGGCGGUGAGGUGGCCGUCAGCAUCAAGAUGGAUCCAGAGCGGAAAGAUCAUGAUUCUCCGUCCACCCGUUGCGGUGCCGAACAGGGUGAUCGAGCAUCUGUCCUCAGUACCGGUCGGGAAAAGGUGCUUCAUGAACCCAUCGACUUGCCAAGCGACUCAGCUGCCACCGAGCUGGUUAGCGACACAGCCGUAGCCGAGGUCCAGAACCUCGAAUCGUCCGUGGACGUUGGCUCAGUGGCGCGACAGGAGGGCGAGUUCCCUCAAAGGGCUCCCAAACACGGUGUGAGGUUGUUAAUGUCCCUGCCCAUGAAGCCUUUAAAAGCCGUGCGCGAGAAACGUCUUUCAGGGAGGUCAUUGGCCGCUUCACCGAAGAAGUCGUCAAGUGUAGGGUUGUUUAAAAGGGUCCUGAUGCCUCGCCUUUCCCAGAGAGUUGUCAGGGUUUUGAAGGCUUGUGGAAUAGAUAAGGAGGAAGGUCUACGGAAAUAUUUGGCUGCGUCUAUUGAGAGUGUUACUGCUUUGUCUGACGGGUCUGAUGAUGAUGGCAAACAGGGUGUCUUGAAAGACCCGUGUCCUACGUACAUUGCGAAGGACACAUUCAACAAGCGGGGAUACAACUUUUCUGGGAAAAGGGUAGACAGUUCUUAGUCAUUCCACCACGAGGUUUAUGCUCACUCCUCACACUUGUUCGUGGGUGUUUGUGCAGCUGGGGCUACAUCAUGUUUUCGCG